GGCGCGCGGAUGCGGCGGGGCCGGGCGGCGGCGCGCACCUGAGGCGGGGCGGGCGCAGGGGAGCGGGAGCCGCCUCCUCGUCCCCGCCGCCUCCUCCUGCGCCGGCCCGGCCGCCGCCCGGGACCCCGGCCCGGCCCCGCCGCAAGAUGUCGGCGCGGACGCCAUUGCCCACGGUGAACGAGCGCGACACCGAGAACCAUACAUCUGUGGAUGAAUACACCGAACCACACGUCCCGCCUGCCAAAUCCGCGAGCAGACAGAACAUCCCCCGGAGCAGAAACUCCAUCACCUCGGCAGCAGACGAGCAGCCUCACAUCGGAAACUACCGCCUUCAGAAAACCAUAGGGAAGGGGAACUUCGCCAAGGUGAAGCUGGCCAGACAUGUGCUGACUGGCAGAGAGGUUGCCGUGAAAAUAAUAGACAAAACUCAGCUAAAUCCUACCAGUCUACAAAAGUUGUUUCGAGAAGUACGAAUAAUGAAGAUACUGAAUCAUCCUAAUAUAGUGAAAUUGUUUGAAGUUAUUGAAACAGAGAAGACCCUUUAUUUAAUCAUGGAAUAUGCGAGUGGGGGUGAAGUAUUUGAUUACCUAGUCGCCCAUGGAAGAAUGAAAGAAAAAGAGGCCCGUGCAAAAUUUAGGCAGAUUGUGUCUGCUGUGCAGUAUUGUCAUCAGAAAUGCGUUGUUCACCGUGACCUUAAGGCUGAGAACCUUCUCCUUGAUGCUGAUAUGAAUAUUAAAAUUGCUGACUUUGGUUUUAGUAACGAGUUCACAGUGGGGAACAAAUUGGACACAUUUUGUGGAAGCCCCCCCUACGCCGCCCCCGAGCUCUUCCAAGGGAAGAAGUACGACGGGCCCGAGGUGGACGUGUGGAGCCUGGGCGUCAUCCUCUACACGCUGGUCAGCGGCUCCUUGCCCUUUGACGGCCAGAACCUGAAGGAGCUGCGGGAGCGCGUCCUGCGCGGGAAGUACCGCAUCCCCUUCUACAUGUCCACCGACUGCGAGAACUUGCUGAAGAAGCUGCUGGUGCUCAACCCCAUCAAGAGGGGCAGCCUGGAGCAAAUAAUGAAAGACCGAUGGAUGAAUGCAGGUCAUGAAGAAGAAGAACUAAAGCCAUACACGGAGCCUGAACCGGAUUUCAAUGACACUAAACGAAUAGAUGUUAUGGUCACCAUGGGGUUUGCACGAGAUGAAAUAAACGAUGCCUUAAUAAAUCAGAAGUACGAUGAAGUUAUGGCGACUUACAUUCUGCUAGGGCGAAAGCCUCCUGAGUUUGAAGGUGGUGAGGCGCUGUCCAGCGGAAACCUGAGUCAGAGGUCCCGGCCCAGCAGUGACCUCAACAACAGCACCCUGCAGUCCCCCGCGCACCUGAAGGUCCAGCGAAGCAUCUCGGCCAAUCAGAAGCAGCGGCGCUUCAGCGAUCAUGCCGGACCAUCCAUCCCCCCCGCCGUGUCCUACACCAAGAGGCCCCAGGCCAACAGUGUGGAGAGCGAGCAGAAAGAGGAGUGGGACAAAGACGUGGCCCGGAAACUGGGCAGCAUCACAGUGGGCUCAAAGAGCGAGGUGACAGCCAGUCCACUCGCAGGCCCCGAGAGGAAGAAGUCCUCCACCGUCCCCAGCACCAAUGUGUACACCGGAGGCAGCAUGGCAAGAAGAAACACAUACGUCUGCGAGAGGACCACGGAUCGGUACACGGCGCUGCAGAACGGAAAAGACAGCAGCCUCACAGAGAUGUCUGUGAGUAGCAUUCCCUCGGCGGGCUCUGCUGCGGCCUCUGCUGGCCCCUCCACCCGGCCGCGCCACCAGAAGUCCAUGUCCACGUCUGGACAUCCCAUCAAGGUCCCGCUGCCAACCAUCAAAGACGGCUCAGAAGCUUACCGGCCUGGUGCUCCCCAGAGAGUGCCUGCCGCCUCACCCUCGGCGCACAGCAUCAGCGCCAGCACCCCCGACCGCACCCGCUUCCCCCGGGGCAGCUCCAGCCGCAGCACCUUCCACGGGGAGCAGCUCCGCGAGCGCCGCAGCGCCGCGCACAACGGGCCGCCCGCCUCGCCGUCCCACGACACGGGGGCCUUCACCCACGCGCGGCGGGGCACGUCCACCGGCAUCAUCAGCAAGAUCACCUCCAAGUUUGUUCGCAGGGAUCCGAGUGAAGGGGAAGCCAGCGGCAGAACGGACCCGUCCAGAGGUGCACCCGGGGAGCCGAGAGAGCGCGAGAAGGAAGACGGCAAAGACUCCAAGCCGCGGUCCCUGCGGUUCACGUGGAGCAUGAAGACCACCAGCUCGAUGGAUCCCAAUGACAUGAUGCGAGAAAUCCGCAAAGUGCUGGACGCAAAUAACUGUGACUACGAACAGAAGGAGAGGUUCCUGCUCUUCUGCGUGCAUGGCGACGCACGGCAGGACAGCCUGGUGCAGUGGGAGAUGGAGGUCUGCAAGCUGCCGCGGUUGUCACUCAAUGGAGUCCGCUUCAAGCGGAUAUCAGGGACUUCGAUCGCCUUUAAGAACAUUGCAUCCAAAAUAGCAAACGAGCUUAAGUUGUAAAGAAGCCCACUGUGGCAGGAUCAGGGAAGACGCACCCAUGUCCAUGAUGCAGUUCUGAAGGUGCCGGCCAUGUGUGACGUGGUCUGCCCGUGAACCCCGUAGGCCCUGCCUUCCAUGCAAUAAGGCUAUAUCUAUAGUCAGAAACUGUAAAAUUAAAGUCCAUAUGAGCUGUAAUAAAUAUCUGUAGCUUACAAAGUAGGUUCACAUGUACAGGUAAGUAUAUUGUGUAUUUUCUGUUCAUUUUCUGUUCAUAGAGUUGUAUAAUAAAAUAUGAUUGCUUAAAAACUUGUAUAGUUGUCUAGAUUUCUGCACAUAAUGUAUGUUUGAUGCUCUGACUUGAAAUGUUUUCCCCUGUUAUUUACAUUCUGAUGGGUUUUUAAAAAUUCUGCCCUCCAUCAUACAAUUUUGAAAAUUGUGUCCAGAGCUAAAAAGUGCGCAGAACUAUUCUUCACCACUGUAGCAUGGACUUUUAAAGGUUAUUUAAAAUCAUAGUUAAAUUCCAACCAGGAGCUGAUAAAUAGAUCCAUUUAUUAUACACAGAAUUAUUCCCGCUUACCUACACCCUUAGUCUGAUCAUGAGUCAAGGUUCUGCUGAGAAGAUACAAAACGUUUACAGUGUUGACACUUAGAAUUUCUACCACAAAAUACAGGAAAAUAAAUAAUAGCUUUGCCUCCAGCUAAGGAGUACUGGCGAAAAACAUUAAACCUAUGCCAAGUUUCUUUAGAACUUUGCGAAGUUUUCUGACCCACUAAUUGUAGCCAUGAAACUGGAAGGGAUUGGCACUUCCUCUGGUGACCUGGGAAGCCACGGUGUCACUGCAAAAGUACGGUAGCUCUGGGACUGACCCGUGGCACAGAGUCCUCCCCAGUGCUGACUGGUGGUCAGUUAGGAGAUGAUGCCACCUCAGGAAGUACUGGCAUCCAGUAAUGCCACCCGCCUGCCUUGGCAGUGUCUAUGAGCAAAGCGUGUUGACCACGGUUUGUCACUGAUCUCUGCGUGCGUGGCUGUUCGGUUUGUUGCCGUGUAAUCAUUUGAUCUGAAUAUUUUGCCAGAGUUCUUGUACUUAUGCCACAUCAUUAUGCCUAUAAUGUGCAGCUUCAUAAUGGGGCACUUGCCAACUUUUCUCUUGUAAUUAGUGACAUAUGCGGUGUAAAGACAGUAAAGGGACAUUUUAAUACUUGUUAUUUCUUAUUGCAUUGGCCCUGGAGGUUGACUGUGCAAUGUUAUUUAAUAUGUAAGUUACUGUACUGUCACCGUGUGGACCCCAUCUGCGCACUCCUGAGAAACUGUAUUCGGUUGUUAUCGGUUUAAAGAAAAAUAAAACUGUGAUAAAGGCUUGCUCCUGCCUGCAUGGGAGGCUCCAUGCCCAGGGGACCUGCUGUGGCUUAAUGGCUUCCAGACCAAGUGAAUUUUACGUUCUGUACUGUGCUGUGACUUAGCUCUUCUGUGCCAAUUCUGUUCUGAAAUGAAGUGUAUUCUUGCCUUAGCGAAGGGUGGUGUUUGGGAAAAACAGAACGAAGCUUUGUAGCCCUUUCUUACCUCGCGUCCAUCCACCAGGUGGACGCAGACCUCUAUCCACUUCCACAGGUGCACAGUGAAACUUUAUUUGAGGAGUUCUCAUAAUAAAGCACUUGUCUUUUGCUCUUUA